UCUGACUACCAAACUCGGUCUCCAUUUUUAGGCGAUUCUUUCCAGGGUUGAAUUCUGCACGGGGGGGUGGGGUAGUCUCUUUUGCUCAUUUGAUUCAGCUUCUACUUUCCUCCCCGCAACCCCCUCUCCCAGGGCGGUGUGGCAUGCCGUCAGACAUCAUGCAAGAAAGUCCGAGCAGUGCCCCCGUUUCUCCGGCGGACAGUCUAGCGAGCAGCGAGGAGGAGGCGGACAGACAGCAGAAGAGGUACGACAUCAAGAGGAGGUACAGCAAAAAAUCCAGCGAAGACGGGAGCCCGAACCCUGGUAAAAGAAACAAAAAGUCCAGCCCGAGCUCGCAGUCUUACGAGGAGCUGCAGAAUCAACGGAUCCUGGCCAACGUGAGGGAGCGGCAGAGGACUCAGUCUCUCAACGAGGCGUUCUCGUCGCUCAGAAAAAUCAUCCCCACCCUGCCAUCCGACAAGCUCAGCAAAAUCCAGACCCUCAAACUGGCCGCCAGGUACAUCGACUUCCUCUACCAGGUCUUACAAAGCGACGAAAUGGACCAAAAAAUGUCCAGCUGUAGCUAUGUGGCCCACGAGAGACUGAGUUACGCGUUCUCGGUGUGGAGGAUGGAGGGAGCCUGGUCAAUGUCGGCCACCCACUAGCGCCGAACCGGGCUGCUAAAAGUCGUUGGAAUCGACGGAGGGAGCUGGUGUUGAGUGGGAUUUCACUUCCCACUGAUGGCCAUGCUGAAAUAUCGGCCACGUCUCGACAGAUACUCGCUUUGAACUCUCAGAAGAGUCCUUCCAGAAUGAGCAAUGAACUAAAGUCUCCAACUAAGUGAUACCAACAAGCCGUGAUAUUUAAAGACGUGAAAAUGUCGCCGUUUAGUACGGGAAGGGUGUGCUGGCAAACGGAUUCAGGAAGGACAUCGUUCACACUAGACACGCUGGGAUCCUUCUGUACAUUUUACGCUUUAGAAUAAACAUAGUCGGUCGCUGAGGUUUAUCAUGGAGAUAAUUUAGAGAGAGAAGCGCAUACAACGGGACCAAAGCAGAUCAAGAAAAGCAAAAGUAACAUAUCAGCAGCUGUGGUACUGCAUGUUCGCCCUGAGUUAACCUGGAAUUAGCCAUGCUUCACAUUAUUACCGCUUUUCUAUCGCGUGUAAAUCUUGCUAGUUUAUUUAUUAAAGUUUUACCACCUAUUGAGUGUACGAGGCAGUUGUAUGGUAAAAAAAUGUUCUGGAGAUUCAGAAUUA